AAUACAAUAGUGUUUGCAUUAUCCGAUGUUUCUAGUUAAAUAGCCCUAACAUUUGCAAUAUCCAUAAUAUUUAUUAUUUCAAUCUACCACCAACUACCCAUGUACUUGUCUAGUUUUUUUCUUUAAUUACUUUAUCUUCUACAUUUUGUCUAUAAUCUCAUACAUGUAUGAUGUAUUUCUCUUUCUUCUAUCCAUAUUCUUAGAUGAUCUUCAUCCUUUGAUCAACAAUAUCAAGUUCAUAAUACACCAAGCCAAAAUAGGAGGUCCUGUACAAUACAGAUGGAUGUAUCCCUUCGAGAGGUUUUUGAAGAGUGUGAAGAAUAAGGUGAAAAAUAAAGCUAGGAUUGAAGCAUCCAUAUGCAAUGCCUAUAUUCUUGAAGAAAUAUCAACAUUUGCUUCAUAUUAUUUUGAAUCGAAUGUAAAUUGCAAACAAAGACAACCUCCGAGGAACACCGAAGGGUCAGUGAACAUAAAUGAACAACCAAUUUCAAUUUUCAAUUACUUAGGACGUGGAAGUGGUGGUUCAAAGAGAUUUCUAACUAGCAAAGAAACAUUAGUGGCUCACACGUAUGUCCUACUAAAUUGUCCGGAGGUGGAUUCAUAUUAUAGAACUUUUUGCACCAUGAAUGUUGGAGUCGAUCUUGAAGAAAUAGAUUGUCAAUUCUCAUCAUGGUUUCGGUCAAAGGUUUUACAAGAUCAAAGGGGGGUUAUUGAUAAAGAACUAUCUUAUUUCAUAUCAUUUGGUCCCAAGACUCCAACAACUAGAUAUUCAACAUACUUCAUUAAUGGUUAUGUGUGGAGGGCUGGUGAUUACGGAUCUAAUAAAUCAACCAUGAAUAGUGGUAUUUGCGUUCAUGCAAAUGAUUCUGAUUAUUAUGGGCUUUUGGAGGAGAUUAUUGAAUUAGAAUAUCCUGGUCCAUGCUUACAUGUAGUUCUAUUCAAAUGUUUAUGGUUUGAUCCUAUUAGAGGUACUAGAGUUAAUGACACAUAUAGACUGAUUGAGGUGAACAUGAAUCGUACAUAUACUAAAUACGAUCCAUUUGUUCUUGCUCAACAAGCUAUACAAGUGUACUAUUCGAACUAUCCAACCCCAACGAAUGAUCGUAAUUCAUCAUGGAUGGCUGUUUGUAAAACAAAAGCAAGAGCAAAGAUAGAGGACAUAUGGACAAAUGAAGUGGUGUAUCAAAAUGAGUAUCCUACCAUAGAAUUGUAUAUUCCCCUAAAUAUUCCCUUGUAUGAUGUCAAUGAUUUGAGUGAUCCAAAUGUUUUAAAUGGUGAGUUAGAUGGAUUAGAGGAAACUGGAUUACAUGGAAGUGGUGCAGAGGGAAGUGAAGAUCGAGAAAGUGAUUCAGAUAUAAGUACAAAUGGAGAAGUUGAAGAUAGAGAAGACGAAGAACAAUCAGGAGAUGACAUAUUUUAAUGUUGUUGUUUGAAAACUAAUGUUGAUGUACUUACAUAUUUUAAUGUUGUUGUUUCAAAACUAAUGCUUAUGUACUUGCAUAUU